AUGACCCACAGUCAAGCACCUACACAUACCGACAAACAUCAUGACAAGGAGCAUCUUUUCUUGGCUUCCGAGCCAGAAUCAAACGACAAUGGCCAAAACCAGCAACCGGCCGAUGUCGCAUCGCCCCCACCGCCGCCGAAUGGAGGAUAUGGAUGGAUUGUUACCAUUGCUGUUUGCAUCAUCAACGCUCACACAUGGGGAAUAAGUUCUAGCUACGGCGUGUUCCUGGCUUAUUAUAUAGAAAACAACACUUUCAACGGAGCCACCACCCUCCAGUAUGCCUUUAUCGGAUCUCUUAGCAUGGGCUGCGCCAUGGGCAUCUCUCCAUUCGUAACCAUAGCCGUCAAAAAGUUUGGUACAAAACAAGUAAUGCUGUUUGGCGUCGUCAUCGAAACGGGUAGUUGGAUUGCAGCGAGCUUUGCCUCCAAGGUGUGGCACAUCUUCCUCACUCAGGGUGUCCUCUUCGGCCUCGGCAUAGGCGUCUUGUUUACAGCCACAGUCGGCAUCAUUCCCCAAUGGUUCACGACGCAUCGUUCCUUGGCGAAUGGCAUAGCAGCCGCUGGCUCAGGCCUGGGUGGUCUCAUCUACUCGUUUGCUGCUGGCGCCAUGAUUCAAAACUUGGGGCUUGCUUGGACUUUUAGAAUUCUGGGCAUCCUCGCUUUUGUCGUCAACAUCAUCUGUACUCUCUUAGUCAAAGACCGCAACAAGAUAGUUGGGUCGACCCAUUUAGCUUUCAAGGGGUCGCUUCUGUUGAGGCCCGAGUUCCUGCUAUUCGUCGCAUUCGGCUGGUUCAGCAUCUUUGGUUACUCUGUCGUCAUCUACAGUCUCUCCAACUACGCAAACGUAAUUGGCCUUCAGUCUUCUCAAGCAGCGCUCAUCAGCGCCUUCUUCAACCUGGGUCAAAGCAUUGGUCGGCCUUUGAUGGGGUACUUUAGCGAUCGAACCGGACGAAUGAACAUGGCUGCUUUUACUAGUUUGCUAGGCGGAAUCUUUGCGUUGGCGAUCUGGAUCAACACCAAAGUAUACGGCGUGCUCAUUUUCUACUCCAUCAUCUGCGGCAUGGUCGGUGGCACAUUCUGGACCGUUGUUGGACCAGUGGCAGCCGAAAUCGUUGGGUUGGCGGAUGUGCCGUCUGCCCUCAACAUUAUGUGGCUGGGAAUUGUACUCCCCUGCACAUUCAGCGAGCCAAUUGCUUUACAGAUUGUCACUGGGACGGGAAGUUAUCUGGGAACCCAGCUAUGGACUGGGCUGACGUAUAUUGCUGCUGCCAUAUGCAUGGUCAUACUUCGUGGGUGGAAGAUUGGCGAAAUCGACGAGCUGUCCAACAUCAAUCAUGAAAAGGCAGAGGAUUUUGACCCGUAUUCGACGAAUAACGAAGACGAAUCUGUUGAGCGAGGCAGAAAAGCUGGACGUCAGCGGAUGCUGGUUGAAUUUUAUAAGCCGAGGGUGGUCUGAAAGGCGACUUGGAGAUUAAAUGUUGAAGUCUGUU